UUUCGUUGGGUUGAUAGGAAUGCACAGUGACCUACAGUGUACAGUCAGGUCGAAUGGCGACAAGCAUGUCCUGUAUACUGUCUUUUUUAGUGAUUCUGAUGUAUGUAUUGCCGUCCGAAUCUUCUGCGGUUUCAGAUCCGUGCGUUAGUCACGAAAGAAUCCACAAAGGGAAAUACAGAGGAACAAAAUGCAACUACAGACUUGGGAAAGCAGUAAAUGACCGGUACAUCAAAGAUAGUAUGUGGUACAUAGCAGUGGGAUCCAAUGGCCCACUGAGUAUGCCAACAUUUCCUGUUAACGUCGACGAAUGUAGUACCAAAUUGCCCAUCUGGAUGAAUGGUACACAUCCAGACACUGGUGUGACAGUUAACAGGACAGCGUGUAUGACAGGUCCAACGAUGAAAUGCCAGGAAGAAUACAAAAUACAGGUGAAAAACUGCAGUGCAUUUAAUGUCUACAAAUUACAAAAAACAACUGGAUUGGAAAUGGCCUACUGCUUUGGUAAGAAACGUGAAAAUGUGCCAUGUCCACCAACAGAUUAA